GCGCAAUAUGGGCUUCUCCAUCCUCUACCCCCACCUCACCGUCUCCGAGACCCUCCUCUACACCGCCCUCCGCCUCCCGCACACCCUCUCCCGCCCCGAGAAGGCCGCCCAGGCCGAGGAGGUCAUGGCCGAGCUCGGCCUCCUCGGCUGCCGCAACAGCAUGACUGGCGGGGCCCUAAUGCGCGGGAUCACCGGCGGGGAGCGCAAGUGGGUCAGCAUCGGCCAGGAGCUGCUCAUCAACCACAGCAUGCUGCUACUCGACGAGCCUACCUCCGGCCUCGACUCCACCAUCGCCGGCCGGAUCGUGACCAGCAUCGCCGACCUCACCCGGGAGGGAGGACCGUGGUGAUGACCAUCCACCUGCCCUCCAGCCGGAUCUUCUACAUGUUCCACAAUAUCCUGCUGCUCUCCGACGGCCACACCGACUACUUCGGCAAGGGCUCCGAUGCCAUGAACUAUUUCGCCAGCAUCGGCUACAUCUCCUCUCCGGCCGCCGCAUUCCCGUUCCCGCCCGGUCGAACCGUCCGACCCCGAAGGCCGACUUCGAUGGCGGAAGGAGAACCAAGCAAUCGAUUCGUCCCCAAAUCGAUUCGUCGCCAAAUCGAUUCGUCGCGUAACUCGCGUUCUCCCUCUCGCACGGGUGAUGGGCGUAGGCCUCGGCGUGCUCGGUUCUGGGCUUUGAAAUUGUGAGACGGGCCGCUCGCGUCUCAGGAUUUCAUCUCCGUAGACGGCCCGGGCCGGCCUCGCUCUUUGGAAAUUUUCUUUAUAUUUUCCCAGGAUGUUCGAUUCCGAGUCUAACUCGGAUUAUCUGAAGACCUUUCUGAAUUCGGCCAAGGAGAGAGAAAGACUGAGCGGAAAAAAGAAAAAAAAACAACGAACAGAAAAACACAGAGCGAGCAGAGAUGGAGGAAGAUGAAGGCAUUGGACACCUUGCGCCCGGCUACCGCUUCAGGCCUUUUCCCGAGGAGCUGGUGGAAUUCUACCUUCGGCCCAGAUUGUUGAACCAACCCCUACCAUGCCAGGCUAUCAAAGAGUUGAACCUCUACGAUUUCCACCCCAGGGAUAUCUUAGGCAAUACACCUGCCGGUAAGCAUCUGUAUUUCUUCACUCCAAGAAAAAUGAAAUAUCCCAAUGGAACAAGGCCUGCUCGCGGAACAAACAGGGGAUAUUGGAAGGCCUCGGGAAAAGAUAAGAUCAUCAGAGAUAAAGACUCAAAGGAGAUUGUUCGCAGGAAGUCUCUUGUCUUCCAUGAAGGGCACCAAGGUAAUGGAACAAGAACAAGAUGGCUGAUGCAAGAGUACACUAUUAAGGAAUUCUGGUUUACUACCGAUCAAAACAAGAAUGAGCUUGGUGCUGUGGCUUUGUGUGCAAUAUACCUAAAGCCAACACCAAAUCAGUCGAGGGAUGGUGAGCUUCAAGUGGAUGAACAGGAAGAGGAGGAUGAAGGCAUUGGAAACCUUGCGCCCGGCUACCACUUCUGGCCUUAUCCCAAAGAGCUGGUGAAAUUCUACCUUCGGCCCAAGCUGUUGAACCAACCCCUACCAUGCCAGGCUGUCAAAGAGUUGAACCUCUAUGAUUUCCACCCCAGGGAUAUCUUAGGCAAUACACCUGCCGGUAAGCAUCUGUAUUUCUUCACUCCAAGAAAAAUGAAAUAUCCUAAUGGAACAAGGCCUGCUCGCGGAACAAAUGGGGGAUAUUGGAAGGCCUCGGGAAAAGAUCAGAUCAUCAGAGAUAAAGAUGCAAAAGAGAUUGGUCGCAAGAAGUUUCUUGUCUUCCAUGAAGGGCACCAAGGUAAUGGAACAAGAACAAGAUGGCUGAUGCAAGAGUACACUAUUAAGGAAUUCUGGUUCUCUACCGACCAAAACAAAGAUGAGCUUGGUGCUCUCGCUUUGUGUGAAAUAUACUUAAAGCCAACACCAAAUCAGUCGAGGGAUGGCGAGCUUCAAGUGGAUGAACAGGAAGUGGAGGAAGAAGGAUCACCAUCUCAUUCUUCGGAUAACAUUUUUGCUGAUCGUCGAGUUGGGCCACGUCCACCUCCAUGCAACAAUAGCAAGGACGCCCCGGUCGCUUCUACGAGUGGGUGCCCAUCAGCAUUCGGCCCCAUUACGGCGAGGCCCGGUCCCUCCAUGCCAUCCAUGGGCUACAAUAAUCUCCAGUGCCACAACAAUAACAACAUGGCGUCAAUUCUCCAAUCCAGCCUCAGGCCGGGGGUCCCUCAUGCUAUGGGGGGUUAUCGUAGCAGUCAUCAGAUCAGGCCAUCACCUGCUCAUCACCAUCGACCUGGCCAUGUUGGUUUCGACAACGCCGGUGGUCUUCUCCUGCCUGGGGCCUCGUACCUCCCUAAUGGGAAUAGGUUGCAUACGAUGUCUCCGGUGCAGCCUGACGUCUUGGUUCAUGCAUCCUACUGUCACUGUGUGGUGUCGGAGCCAUCAUCGUCGCAGUUUGAGAGUUCAGCUUUUUUAUCCUUCGGAAACCAGCUGAUGCCGUAUGGAGAGUUUGGCAUUGCAGCUGCUUCAUCCUCUCAAUAUCAACUGCCGCCGCUGCAAUUCGACUUUGAAGCUUACCUGCCCAUGCCGUCAGACUUCCGAACAUCUUCACAAACAACUCUGUGGCCACUACCGAGCCACUUGAGUUGAUGGAGGAGAACGUCUAGAUUUUCUGGUUCAGUAAAAUAUAUUAGGAAUCAAGUGUGUCUUCUUUUUCUAUUAUUUUUUUUUGGCUGGUCGAGUAGGAGAAUCAAGGUUGAGUUUAGUUUUAGUUUUCUUACCAGUUCUCUAUUAGUCUUGGUUGCUUGCUAGGCAGGAUGGGUAUCACUCAUUCGCAUGGAGCAGGAAUCCGAUUUUAGAUUCUUAUGAGGUCAGAAUGUUCUUGAAAUGAAGGAAAUAAUGGAGGGAAUUCGUUUAUUAAA